CUCGCUCCUUUUAUGAAAAAUUAUUCCAAAGCCUUUUAAAGCCCGUGCUCGCUCCAAGGACUCCUUCAACUUCCUUCGUUCCUCUCCCCUCUCCCUCUCUCUCUCUCUCCCUCUUCAUUCUUUCUCUCUCUUCAGAAAUGUUGAUGAUGGCAGCGACGAAGAGAGACACCUGUUAAAAGAGAGAUUGUAAAGCCCGUAUUUUGAUCUGUGAAAGCUCGCAUUUCUCUCUCUUUCUUUCUCUCUAUCUCUAUCGGAGAAAGGAUCCGACAGAAAAUGGCGGCAUACAGAGCCGACGACGAUUACGAUUACCUGUUCAAGGUCGUUUUGAUCGGAGAUUCAGGUGUCGGGAAAUCCAACCUCCUCUCCAGAUUCACCCGCAACGAGUUCAGCCUUGAAUCCAAAUCCACGAUUGGUGUUGAAUUUGCUACCCGGAGCAUUCACGUUGAUGAUAAGGUUGUCAAGGCGCAGAUUUGGGAUACCGCCGGACAAGAAAGAUACCGUGCAAUCACAAGUGCAUACUAUCGAGGAGCUGUUGGUGCAUUGCUUGUCUAUGAUGUCACCCGUCAUGUUACUUUUGAGAAUGUGGAGAGAUGGUUGAAAGAGCUGAGGGAUCACACAGAUUCUAAUAUUGUGAUUAUGCUUGUGGGGAACAAGGCUGAUCUACGUCACCUGCGAGCUGUUUCAACUGAAGAUGCAAAGGCCUUUGCUGAGAGAGAGAACAACUUCUUCAUGGAGACAUCUGCUUUGGAAUCUAUGAAUGUGGAGAAAGCCUUUACAGAAGUCCUCACUCAGAUAUACCGUGUUGUUAGCAGGAAGGCUCUUGACAUCGGGGAUGACCCUGCUGCCUUGCCCAAAGGGCAAACCAUCAAUGUGGGCUCAAAGGAUGAUGUCUCCGCUGUGAAGAAAGUAGGAUGUUGCUCUGCCUAACCUGAAGAAAAGAGGAGAUUUGUGCCAGACUGCCUUUGAUCUUAUGAUAUGUUGUCCCUUCUUUUUGUACGGGUGUCCAAAUUCUGUGUGGUGUUGUGCCUGCUGGAAAUUUGUCAGUAAGUUGGGCUGACACCUCAUUGAAAAGCUCUUACAGUACCAACUUAAAACUGUUUUGUAUUCAUUGAUAGGGAUAUUUAAAAAUUGUCUGAGGUUAGCAAAAACGAUUAGUCUGAAGAAAUGUAGGAGUGGGUGGUUGUCAAUUCUGUUUGCAUCCAAUGUGGACUCCGUGCUAUUCACCUAGUCACCAAUUUUUCUUUCGUCGUUGUAUUACUUUAAUUUUUAACUUCCAAAAGGUUCUUUUAUAUUCGGUUGCUUUGAAUUAUAGAUGUAUUCAGAUAACUCUUUUUUCUCUUGUA